AUGGCCGAGUCUAACGCCAAGACUGAUGGUCAGACAAUAGAUGGCUUGAGUACUCUUGUUUCAAACUGCCCGGUUCAACCAUCAUUGCCAAGUGCAGAAAUUCGUAACUCAUUCGAAAUCGUUUUUAUGAACAUCUCGCACACAGAUGUAGAUUUUGCAUUAGGACCUGAUGCAUUCGAAGAUUUGCUCGACCUCUUAGAUUCCGAUGGCGAAGAAUAUUCAUCAGCUAGUCCUUUCUUGUCGAGAUGUUUGGAAAAUAGCACCGAUAUAUUCAGUGCGACAGAAUCAAAUGAUAUGACCAAAACAAUACAAAGUACAGACGAAUGUUCGACGAUUAUCAAAACAAGUAACUCAGUGUUACCUAUUCCUCGUUCAACUGUCGAAAAAUCAACAAACGCGUCACUGGGUCAAGCCAUCUCAUUAUCAAAUUCGGUCGCAGUGACAGAUUUAGCAUCAAAUCCGUUAAAACUUCUUCAUCCACUGGAAUCAACCUAUCGACCACGAUAUAAAAGUGACUAUUUCCCGCAAAAUGGUAUUGUCCGGCGACCACGUUACGUCACUGACGACCACGAAAAUCAUUAUGUUACAUUAAUUAUGCCGCAUGAAUAUAACCGUGAUUUAAAAACAGAAUAUGUCCGUAUUGCUUUGAUCACAACAGCAGUGGGUAACCACGAACAUUAUUACAGUCCAUAUAAAUUUCAAACGAAUCACAACGAUAUGAAAGUGCCUGACCAGAAUCCUAUCUAUUUACCUGUUCAAACAAUCAAUAAUAGUAAUUCCAUGAAACUUCAGCUUGUUUUGAUCAAGUCAAAGUUAGAUCAACUUUAUGACGCCCAACCAUUAAAACCGUUCUCGGAUACGACUGUUACUGUCGGAAAUCUGAUCAGCAACGAGAAAUUAUCAGCGAAAGAAUUAAUUACUAAAUAUCAACUGGACAAAUCCCAUAUAGCUUUCACUUUAUGUACGAAACUACCCAAUGGUUUGUACGAUAUUCAUCCUGAAACAACGGUUAUCUCCUCGAUGAUUACUGAAACCGCAGCAAAAACACCAGCCUCAGCAAGUACCAAGCCAAAGCAGGCGGCAAAGGACCAAGUAAAAAGCAUCAGUUGCCCAAAUUGUAAGCAUUGUUUCAAUCCCAACGAUGUUCCUGCCGUAAAGACAGAAAGGAAACGAAAAGCGCCUGUGGGUCAUUCAUCGCGCACUACUACAGAACGAUCGAAGGCCCGUUGCAUGGCCAAAAAGAGAAAAACAACGUAA